AGGGGGCUCCUUGCUCCUGGAUGUAUUUCGUUUUGGAGCUGCUCAGGGCAUCUGGAUACAAAGUUUGGGCUGUGAUGGCUUGAAUGGAAACUUUGCUCCUCUCUUUUUGAAUUAAUAAGGGGUUAAAGUGCUGUCAUCUGUCCUAUGCACCAGCUGGUGGCCAGCGUGGAGGACACUUGUCUUCUGCUGGCUUCAGGCUCACCAUGGCCAAAGUGAUUGAGAAGAAGAACCACUGGACAAGUAGGGUCCAUCAGUGCACAGUGAGCAGGACCCCCAGUGGGGAGCUGACUCUUCCAGUGCUGGGGGGAGCGGAGUAUGGGGAGUUCCUCUAUCUGGGAGAGGUGGAUGAGACCUUGUUCUCCUGCGAUGGGAAGCUGGCUGCAGGGGAGCUGCUCCUGGAGGUGGCCGGGGUCUCAGUGUCCGGGUUACCUCGGUAUGACGUGCUGGAUAUGAUCAGGACCUACAAAGAACCUGUGCUGGUUAAAGCUGUCAGACAAGGAAGCCGACUAAACAAGGAUCUGAGACAUUACCUGAACCAAAGGUUCCAGAAAGCAUCUCCAGACCACGAACUACAACAAAUUAUCCGAGAUAAUCUUUAUCGCCAUGCGGUGCCUUGCACAACACGUGCGCCUAGAGAAGGUGAAGUACCGGGCGUGGAUUACAAUUUUCUGACGGUCCAGGAGUUUUUAGCGCUCGAGGAAAGUGGGACGCUUCUUGAAAUUGGGACAUAUGAUGGUAACUUUUAUGGAACACCCAAACCUCCGAGCCAACCCGCCAGUGGGAAAUUGAUUUCCGGUGAUGCUUUGCAAAAUCGUCUCUCUGGCUCUAAGCAGUCCACCCCAAAACGAACCAAGUCUUACAAUGAUAUGCAAAAUGCAGGCAUAGUGAAUACGGAGAAUGAGGAGUACGAUGAGGCUCCUGAAAUGAACAGUAGUGUUACAGAUUCUAGUGAUCAAGACGUAUUCCCCGCUCCUGUUACGCAAGAGACUCCCGCAUCGGUGGUUCGGAUCCUCCCGGCUUUUCCCAUCACGGAAGCAUCUCAGAAGUUCUUUCAAUAUCUACCUCCACUUGACGGGGACAGCCUUGGUCCUCUGCCUGCAAACUGGGAGAUGGCCUACACUGAGAACGGAGAAGUGUAUUUCAUAGAUCACAACACAAAAACAACAUCUUGGUUGGACCCUCGGUGCCUGAAUAAACAGCCGAAACCUCUCGAAGAAUGUGAGGAUGAUGAAGAAGGUGUACACACCGAGGAACUGGACAGUGAAAUAGAGUUGCCUGCUGGAUGGGAGAAAAUAGAAGACCCUGUCUACGGCAUCUACUAUGUAGAUCACAUAAACAGAAAAACACAAUAUGAAAAUCCGGUUCUAGAAGCCAAAAGAAAGAAACAGCUUGGACAGCAGCAGACAGAAGAGUGGGCAGAACCACCGCCAAUAGCUCCUCCACCUGUCGCUCCGCUUCCCAACAAUCUCACUCCUAAAAAGAAGGAACCAGGAAGGGACGUUCCAGCACACGCAAAGCCAUUCUUCACGAGGAAUCCUUCCGAACUGAAAGGAAAGUUCAUUUGCACAAAACUAAAGAAGAGCAGCCGAGGAUUUGGUUUCACGGUCGUUGGGGGAGACGAGCCCGAUGAAUUUCUGCAGAUCAAGAGUUUGGUACUCGAUGGUCCGGCAGCCCUUGAUGGCAAAAUGGAAACCGGGGACGUUAUUGUUAGUGUUAAUGAGAUCUGUGUCCUUGGAUACACCCAUGCUCAAGUUGUCAAGAUCUUCCAGUCAAUACCAAUUGGUGAAUGUGUUGACCUUGAACUUUGUAGAGGUUAUCCGCUUCCCUUUGACCCCGACGACCCCAACACAAGUCUUGUAACGUCGGUGGCCAUUCUGGACAAAGACCCUAUAAUUGUCAAUGGGCAAGAAGGCUAUGACUCUCCAUCGAGUAACAGCAGUAAAACUAGAAAAGCCAAUCAUUUAAAAGAGCCGAGGCCUAGCAGCCCCGCAGACGUUUCUUCAAAUGGUUCCCAUGGUUACCCUAAUGAUACAGUCUCCUUGGCAUCCUCUAUAGCAACGCAGCCUGAACUUAUUACCGUGCAUAUAGUUAAAGGGCCCAUGGGAUUUGGCUUUACCAUAGCAGACAGUCCUGGCGGAGGUGGCCAGAGAGUCAAACAGAUUGUAGACAGCCCAAGGUGUCGUGGCCUCAAAGAAGGGGAUCUUAUUGUGGAGGUGAAUAAGAAAAAUGUCCAGAACUUUACUCAUAACCAAGUUGUGGAUUUACUGAUCGAAUGCCCAAAAGGAAGUGAAGUUACGUUGUUGGUUCAACGAGGAGGAUUGCCGGUCCCAAGGAAGAGCCCAAAGUCGCAACCACUUGAAAGGAAAGACAGUCAAAAUAGCUCACAUCACAGCGUCUCAAGUCACCAUAGUGGACACACAGCGUCCCCUCUUCACACUGCUCCAGUCCUCCCAGAUUAUCCAACAAGUGAAGCACCAGCUGUGGACCAGGUGGAAGGCUCUGGGCAGAAAAAGCCGGAUCCAUUUAAAAUCUGGGCCCAGUCCAGGAGCAUGUAUGAAAGCAGACUUCCAGAUUUUCAAGAACAUGAUAUAUUUUUAUGGAGGAAGGAAACUGGUUUUGGGUUCAGAAUUCUUGGUGGGAAUGAGCCAGGUGAACCAAUAUACAUAGGCCAUAUUGUGCCUCUGGGCUCAGCCGAUGCCGACGGCCGGCUGAGAUCUGGCGAUGAACUCAUUUGCGUGGACGGGACUGCGGUGGUUGGGAAAUCCCAUCAACUUGUCGUACAGCUAAUGCAACAUGCAGCCAAGCAAGGCCACGUCAACUUAACCAUAAGACGCAAAGUGGUGUACCCAGUCCUAAAAGCGGAAAACGAGGUUCCAGCUUCACCCACCUCCUCGCAUCACAGCAGUACCCAGCCAGCCUCUCUGACCGAGGAGAAACGCACCCCUCAAGGCAGCCAGAACUCUCUAAACACCGUCAGUUCCGGAAGCGGUAGCACCAGCGGCAUUGGCAGCGGCGGAUGUGGCGGAAGUAUCGUGGUCAGUAAUCCAGGGAUCCAGCCAUAUGACGUUGAAAUCAGGCGAGGGGAAAACGAAGGCUUUGGGUUCGUUAUUGUAUCGUCCGUCAGCCGACCAGAAGCUGGAACAACUUUUGCCGGCAAUGCAUGUGUGGCCAUGCCCCACAAAAUAGGUCGGAUUAUAGAAGGAAGCCCGGCGGAUCGAUGCGGCAAGCUGAAAGUAGGAGACCGGAUCCUGGCCGUCAACGGGUGCUCCAUCACCAACAAAUCGCAUUCGGACAUUGUUAACUUAAUCAAAGAAGCAGGAAACACUGUUACUCUUCGCAUCAUUCCUGGAGAUGAAUCGUCCAAUGCCACUUUACUGACCAACGCAGAGAAAAUUGCGACAAUAACGACCACGCAUACCCCUCAGACAAUACCACAGGAAACAAAGAACAAUUCCAAACCAAAGCAAGAAGUCCAAUUUGAAUUUAAAACACCGCCUGCCGCGCAGCAGGAUCAAGAAUUUUAUUCGGUGGAACUAGACCGGGGGCUCAAAGGAUUUGGCUUCAGUCUCCGAGGAGGUCGAGAAUAUAACAUGAAUCUCUACGUGCUGCGCCUCGCUGAAGAAGGGCCGGCAGAAAAAUGUGGGAAAAUGAGGGUUGGUGAUGAAAUUCUGGAAAUUAAUGGCGAGUCUACAAAGAACAUGAAGCAUGCUCGGGCAAUUGAACUGAUUAAAAAUGGCGGACGGAGAGUACAUCUGAGUCUGAAACGUGGAGAUGGUUCUGUCCCAGAAUAUGACCCCAGCAGCGACAGGAACAGCUUCUCAGACAGUCCUCAAAACGUAUCGAAAAUGAACACGAUGCCAUCUGAUAGAAACCACACCUCAUUGGAGUUCAGCUAUCCACCAGAUCUUCACAAAUCAUUACAACACGGGGAAAAACAGACUUAUGUUAAGGACCCUAAAAACAACAGGGAAUACAACAGACAACACAAAGAACACCACACUUGGAAUGGGUCCUCUAAAAACUAUUCUGUACAAAGCGGCAGAAGAGAUCAGUCCCCCGAUGAGAGGAGGCUACGGAAAGAGGACAGGAUGGUGGUCAAUGGACAGAAAAUAUCAUCUCCCGAUAAAAGAGGUGAAGCUGAAAAUACUUUGGAGAGGAGAGACAAAUAUGACAGGCGGAGAGAUAGUUCUCCUCAAAGACCCAGGGAGAGGUCACCUGUGCGUAGAAGGGAUGGGUCACCAACUAAGAGAAGGAAAUCAUUAGAUCGAUUUAUGGAUCAACGGAGAUCACCGGACAGACGAAGAGACAGUUCACCGGACAGAAGGCGAGCCAAGUCAACGGACAGAAGAAGGGAAAGAUCACCAGAAAGAAAAAGGGAUCGUUCUAAUGAAAGGAGAAGAGAGAGGUCCCCCGAGAGAAGAAACCGAGAUCAAAGAUCUAACAGAGAUCGGGAUGGGCUUAGUCUAAAAAGUGAUACAUUGAGAAGUGCAAGACAUCCCCAAGAACAACGGAGGAGACCUUACAAGGAAUGCAGCACUGACCUCAGUAUCUAAUGUAUCUGUCUUGUUUUAGCCUUUAAUAGUGUUGGAAGGUUCUAAAGAGGGUCUCAGAACACUUAUGGCUUAUGGUGUAUUACAAGGGUAAACACUCAACAUGAAAAUGAUCCAAUGGUUCCACGAAACGUUUUAUGCAGAUGAAGCAUUGCUAACAGAGUGUUGUGCCUGAUGUAUAUUAAAGAGAGUAUUUUUCAA